AUGCAUUUAUUUUUAUUUUAUUUUAUCCGCCAUUUUUAUUCUUCUCUUUUUAUUUUUUUUUCUUUCUUUCUUUUUCAUUUCCUUCCUCCAUUAAUCUUUUUCCCCCCCCCCACCUUUUUUUCCUUUUUUUUUUUGGCAAAUGGAAAAUACCUUUUUCGACCAUUCUUCCUCUCCCUCCCUCCCUCUCUCUCUCUCUCUUUCUGUCUUUCUAUCGGUGGAAAAAAAAUUUAUUAUCAUUAUUAUUGUUUUUUUUUUUUUCUAAUUUUUUUAGGAAACGUAUUCGUAAUAGCAGCUAUACUACUCGAAAAAAAUUUACAAAGCGUUGCCAAUUAUUUAAUAUUAUCAUUAGCAGUGGCGGAUUUAUUGGUUGCUUGCCUGGUUAUGCCACUGGGUGCCGUUUACGAAGUAUCUAAACAGUGGACGUUAGGACCUGAAUUAUGCGACAUGUGGACAUCGAGCGAUGUUUUAUGUUGUACGGCUUCCAUAUUGCAUUUAGUAGCCAUUGCUUUGGACAGGUAUUGGGCAGUUACGAACAUUGAUUACAUACAUCAGAGAACUUCAAAAAGAAUCGGAUUAAUGAUAUUAGUUAUUUGGGGAGUCGCUUUUCUCGUUUGCAUCGCUCCAAUGUUGGGUUGGAAAGAUCCUGAAUGGGAAGAUAGAAUAUUUAAAAAUCAGACGUGUCUCGUGAGUCAAGAUAUCGGGUAUCAAAUAUUUGCAACGGCUUCCAGUUUUUACGUCCCCCUAUUCGUUAUAUUAAUUUUAUACUGGAGAAUAUUUCAAACGGCGAGGAAAAGAAUACGAAGGAGAGGAAAUCAAAAUGCCGUCGGUGGUGUCCAGUUGAAAAAUCCAUCAGGUGGAGGAGUCGUCGCUGAAUUUUUUUCGUAUUUAAUCGUAAAAAUUUUGCUAGGAGCAGCUGGUGGUAGUGGUGGUAUGGCAGCAGCAGUUGUUGCAGUCAUAGGUCGACCACUUCCGACAAUAUCAGAAACGACGACGGCGUUCACGACCGUGUCGUCGACGAACACGUCGCCGGAAAAACAACCCGUCGGCAAUGGAGUCGAACCUGAUCUUCCAACAACCGAUUACAUGAGUUCUUAUCAGCAGACAGUUACGUAUCCCAUACCGAUAAAAACAAGAGUGCGCGAAGCCGCGGAUUCGAAACGUGAAAGAAAAGCAGCAAAAACUCUCGCCAUUAUAACCGGAGCUUUUGUCAUGUGUUGGCUUCCCUUUUUCAUAUUGGCCAUAUUACUUCCUCUGUGUAAAACUUGCGAUUUUAAUCCCUACAUGAUAUCAUUCUUUUUAUGGUUGGGAUAUUUUAAUUCUACUCUUAAUCCAAUUAUAUACACUAUAUUCAGUCCGGAAUUCCGACACGCUUUUAAAAGACUUCUUUGCGGUCACAAGGGAAGCAUUCGUAGGAGGAAUGUCAGGAAUUUCGGUCCGAGACAUCUUCAAUGA